AUGGGUUCAGAACAAGAAGCCUGCCAGGCAUACGUUGCCCGGCGCGUCAUUUCGCUCAUGGAUGCAACGGAUCUUUCUGCUGACUCGACGGAGCAUACGGUGACUCUGCUUUGCAGAGACUCUCUUGGCCUUCCGCCAACUGCUGCAGUUUGCGUCUGGCCGCGGUUCGUUAGAUUCAUAAAAAAGGAUCUUACCGCUCAGCUGCCGGAGGUUGCUUGUUUGCCUGUUGCGACGGUGCUCAACUUCCCAAGCGGCAAAUCCAGUAUUGAAACCGUCAAAAAUGAAGCGCUGCAAGCAGUGAGCGACGGGGCAGACGAACUAGACCUUGUAGUGGACUGGGAAUUGCUUAAUCAAGACGUUGAUGCCGGCGAGAGAGCGCUGAGGUCUCUCGUUGCUGCGGUCCGUGAGGUCUCAGGCGCCACAGUCCUGAAAGUGAUAUUGGAGACGGGCAUGCUACGCAACGACAACCCUAACCUCAUCUUUCGGGCCAGCAUUGCGGCGCUGGAAAGUGGCGCGGAUGUGCUAAAGACAUCGACGGGGAAAGUGCCCGUGAAUGCAACGCUUCCAGCUGUAACACAGAUGUGUCUGGCCAUCAAGGAAUACAAGGCCUCACAUCGUGAUGAGAGGCUUCCUGGCAUCAAAGUAGCCGGAGGAGUGAAGUCUGUCGACAUGGCGGCGCAGUAUUUGAGCCUGGUCACAGAUAUCCUUGGUGCUGACUAUAUCACGAAAAAAACAUUUCGAAUUGGUGCAUCCUCGCUUCUCGGUGCUGCCCGGAAAUUCGUUGGUCGGUAA